CCCAAAGAAGAAGAAUCAACGCUGCCUGUUUGUGUUUGGAAGGCUCCAACCGGCUCCUUUGGCAAGGACCUUCUUGGGUAAACAAAUGUCUCGGAGUUUUCUCACAGCUUGAUGGCUACUUAUGGAUGGAAACUUGACCACACAACGCCCGGUACUUACUCCCCUGAAGAUUGUGUGCGUCUUAGAGCAGAACAACCGACACCUUUGUUUUGACACUUGAUCUCAGCUGGCAGUGUGUGGCCUGUCGUUGCCUGCAGUGAAGCUCAGUGCCUGGAGCAGAGUCUAGCUCUUUCCCCCACCCUGGUGGCUCCUUAUGAUGGAUUGCGGUUGUACCUGGUUUCUUGCAGCAUGGAUGGUGUGUAUCUAAAGGGUCUUGUGUAUCAGCAUCAGCUUUUCCUGUUCCGUGACGGUGUUCUGUUCAUUUCCAUCUACAAAAGAACACCCUCCAUCCAGACGCGGAGCCCUGUAUACCUGCAGACUGUUUUAAAGCAACAGGCACACAGCUAGGAAUAGGAGAGGGGAGAUCUGCAAAACAAGCUCCUGUUUAGUGGCAGUCUGAUUUAAAAAUAAAAACCUUUUUUUUUCGACCAGAUAGAUUUGUUUAAUUCCAAAACCCGUAUGGAGGAAGUUUGACUUCCCUUUUCUCUGUUGUAUCGUAUCCGCUCACUCUCACGUUGGGUGGUGGGAUGUCGGAAGAGCCCAACGACAAGAUGGUGAAGUUCCUGGCUCCCCUUUCCAAGAGUGGUAAUGGCAACGUAAACAACGGAUCUGGCUCGGACUCACUUGUUGGUGAAAGGGUGGCAGUGGAGGUGAGGCACCGCCACCACACCAUGGAGCGCGAUCGCUGCACCGCCGAAUAUCGACCAUUCUUCCGCCGCAGCGUCAUCAGCGACUCUAAUGCCACCGCCCUUGACCUCCCAUUACCCAGUACAAUCCCUAUCUUCGCGCCCAUUGUACCCCCCGUGCAAGAUGUGUCCCAUCCUGCCGGUCCACCCCCCACCUCAAGACCUGCACCCCGUGUGACUGUGACGGAGAGUGAAGGAGGAGAAGUGAAGGUAGAUGUGUCUGUAGAGCAGGAGGCUGCCGUAGUACAAGAUAUCUGUGAUAGGGAAGCAGUAGUGACUCAGCCAGCAUACAGUCUAGCUGCCCAACCGCCAAGCCAUACGACAGAACCUGGGAUUGGCGGUGAAGUGAAAGAGAGGGAAGAGGGGGAGGAAGAGAAGGAGAAAGCCCGGGCGGAGGCUGAACAGAGAGAGGCGGAGAAAAAGGUGCAGGAUGACAUCGAGGAAGCAGAGACGAAAGCGGUAGGAACGUCGCCGGAUGGGCGUUUCCUGAAGUUUGACAUUGAGAUUGGACGUGGUUCCUUCAAGACUGUCUACAAGGGCCUGGACACAGAGACCACAGUGGAGGUGGCAUGGUGUGAGCUGCAGGACCGCAAGCUGUCCAAGUCGGAGCGCCAGCGGUUCAAGGAGGAGGCUGGCAUGCUGAAGGGGCUGCAGCACCCCAACAUUGUCCGCUUCUAUGAAUCCUGGGAGGCCCCCGUUAAAGGCAGGAAGUGCAUUGUGCUGGUCACAGAACUCAUGACCUCCGGAACACUGAAAACGUAUCUGAAGCGUUUCAAGGUGAUGAAGAUUAAGGUUCUGAGGAGCUGGUGUAGGCAAAUCCUGAAGGGCCUUCACUUUCUCCACACCCGAGCCCCUCCCAUCAUUCACAGGGACCUGAAGUGUGACAACAUCUUCAUCACCGGCCCCACAGGCUCCGUCAAGAUAGGAGACCUGGGAUUGGCCACACUCAAGAGGUCAUCUUUCGCCAAGAGUGUCAUAGGUACCCCUGAGUUCAUGGCGCCUGAGAUGUAUGAGGAGAAGUACGACGAGUCAGUGGAUGUGUAUGCCUUUGGGAUGUGCAUGCUGGAGAUGGCCACCUCAGAGUACCCAUACUCCGAGUGCCAGAACGCUGCACAGAUCUACCGCAGAGUCACCAGCGGGGUGAAGCCGGCCAGCUUCGACAAGGUGGCCAUCCCUGAGGUGAAGGAGAUCAUCGAGGGAUGCAUCAGACAGAACAAGGACGAGAGGUACUCGAUAAAGGACCUGCUGAACCAUGCCUUCUUCCAGGAGGAGACCGGGGUGCGUGUGGAGCUGGCGGAGGAAGAUGAUGGGGAGAUGGAGGCCAUCAAGCUGUGGCUGAGGAUAGAGGACGUCAAGAAACUGAAGGGGAAGUACAAGGAAAACGAGGCCAUCGAGUUCUCCUUCGACCUCAGCAAGGACGUCCCCGAGGACGUGGCCCAGGAGAUGGUGGAGUCUGGCUACGUGUGUGAAGGGGACCACAAGACCAUGGCUAAGGCCAUAAAGGACAGGGUUUCCCUCAUCAGCAGGAAGAGGGAGCAGAGGCAACAGGUGAGAGAGGAGCAGGAGAAGAGGAGGCUGGAGGAGGAGCAGGGUCAACGACAACAAGAACAACUAAUACUACAGCAGCCCGGCACAGAGGCCUCCCAGCCAGGCCAACAGGCUGCCCCCUACACCCAGCCACAGCCCACCCAGCAGCCACCACAGCCCAACCUGCAGACGACACCCGACAUCCCCCCUCAGACGGCACAGCUGGGGCCCCAGGGAGUUCCCUACAUACCCCAGUCUACAGGGCAGCUCCCAGUCCCAGUAUCAUCCCAAGUUCCAGCCCAGCCAGAGUCAGAGGCGCCAGAGGUGGACCAGUACCCGCAGCAGACUGAGACAGCCAAUCAAAUAACAGAUAGUUCCUCCAUCCUUCCCGAGACGCACCUGGUUCAGCCGGUGGUGUCAUACAGCUCUCUGCCCUGUCAGCAGCCUCAGCCAGAGGCCCCAUACCCACAGGCCACGCCCCCUGUCCAAACCGACCAAUCGCAGCAGCAGCCACAGCAGACCAUGGUGGUUCCUGCUGCCCAGACUGCCACUGUUGUCCCUGGGGCUCCACAACAGCAGCCACAGCCAGUGGGCAGCACUGCACCUCAGAGCACAACACUACCACCGCUCCAGCCUGGUGCCCAGCAAAUACAAGCCUCUGUGAGUGUAUCUCAGCCGGCGUCAGCAGAGAAGGCAGCAGGCCAGACAGUGCUGGUGCCUCAGUCUGUGGAGAAUUGCCUUUUGAACGUGUCGUCAGGUUUGAGUGACGGCUUUGAGGGGACAUCAGAUGGUAGACACGAAGGGCGCUCCAUGAUCAAGCGGCACCAGCAGAACUCAGUACGCAGCCACUCUUGCCACGAGAAGACCGCCAAGGCCAAGCUCAUCGUCCUCAAUAUCUCCAACAUGGGAGACCGGGUGGCAGAGUGCCAGCUGGAGACCCACAACAGGAAGAUGGUCACCUUUAAGUUCGACCUGGAUGGAGAUAACCCUGAAGAGAUCGCACGGAUCAUGGUCCUGAGUAAGUUUAUCCUGGAGAGCGAACGCAAGUCGUUCAUCGAGCAGGUCCGGGAGGUCAUCGAAAUGCCGGGCGAUAAAGGAGAGGGCAUGAAGGAAGGCUGCGCUCAACCGCCCUUCACUCAGAUUGUGGUAGAUGACCCCUUACAGCAGCGUGACAAGCCCACUCCUCUGUCUGGCGUUGCAGCUCAGGUGGUCCACUCUGCAGGCCGGAGGUUCAUCGUCAGCCCUGUCCCAGAGUCCCGUUUGAGAGAGCAGUUUUUCGGCCCUCCCUCGGCUCACACCUCGUUUGGGGACGAGCCCCAUCCAGUGAGUCUGGGCCUGUCCCUGUCUGCCCCCUCAAGCCGCCUCCAGCAGGCCUUCACUGAGAUGAGGGAGACGCAUGGGGAGAGACGAGCCACCAGCACAGUCCCCUCCUCCCAGGCUGGUCUGCACCCGACCACCACCCUGCCUCAUGUCUCGGUCAUCCCCUCUGGGUCCUCCUCUCUUCCCCCCUCCACAUGCCAAGUUGCAACCGGGAGGGUGUCUCCAACCCAAGUUUCAACCCCUGCACCUGCUACCAGUGAGCUAAUCCCACACCCCCAGCCUGGCUGCCAAGCUGCCCCCUCUCAACCUGCUCCUGCCCAAAUCACAUUCCCCCCUUCAGCUGCUCUCCAGCCCCCUCAGGCCACCUCGUCCUCUUUCCCCCCAGCCUCUGCCGAUCAGAUGCAGCAGCACUGCCCCGUCUCUGGAGCUCCACCCAGUAACUCUGGGACUGUGACCAGCUCAGAGCAGCACCCUGUUCCUAUCCUGUCCUCUCAGCCUAUCCCUGUGUCCAUUCCUGUCACUCAGCCCACCUCCUCCCAGUCUCAGCCUGUCCCUACCUUUGUCCCUGUAGCACAGCCUGCAAUGGCCCCCAACUAUCUUCCACCUUCUACCCUGCCCUCCCAACCGUCCCAGCUGCAGCCAGGGGACCCAGAUGGGGGAGAGUCCCACUCCAAGGCCCCUGGUAUAGAUGACAUCCAUGCCCUAGAAAAGAAGCUGCGCUCCCUCUUUAAGGACUCCACCUCCGCUGACACUGGCAACCCUGAGACCACCUCUUCCUCCACAGAGACCAUCUCCCCUCCCCAUCUGGCAGCCCUGGUGCCUUCCUACAACCUGUCCCUCACUUCAGGGGAACAGGGAGCCCCGGGCCCCCCCCCCAACCCAGGACAGGGCCUCACACCAGCGGAACAUGCACAGAUCCAUCCAGAAAAGCAUGGCCAAGCCAUCAGAGCGCAGGCAGGCACCCCUACCUCUGAGCAAUUGCCUCCAUUCCCAGUACCAAACCAGUCCCAGCAGCCUCUUGGUAGUCUAGACGGCCAGCUGAGGAGAGCUGUGAGCCCUGAGACCAUUCCAGGGAGCAGUAGAGCAGCAACGCCCUCCACAGGGGUCGUCAAACUGGGACGCUUCCAGGUCUCAGAAGCUGGCGCCGGCAGCACUCCUGACCCCUCUACCAUCGCCUCCUCUUCCUCCCUCACACCCUCUUCGUCCUCCUCCUCUUCUUCCUCAUCUUCCUCCUUUUCCAGCCCAGAGAACACCCUCCACCACUCCUCCUCCCUCUCCAAAGGAGUCUGGUGUGGAGACUCCGUAGAUGGGCUCACUUCUCACUUCCAGAUGCAGCCCGCCACCAUCGGACGCUUUCAGGUGACUGCCAGUGUCACACCCAGCCCCAACUCUGUCUCCAAAGUGGGCCGUUUUUCAGUGACGCCAGCUGCAGCCAAUACCACGGCUCCUUCGGGAUCUAGCUCCUCCCAUCAGAACGGCCCUUCCUCUUCAACAACUUCUGACCCCUGUAGCUCCGCCUCCGCAGGGAACAGAGGUUUGUUUAAUCAUUACAUGACCAGCGACAACGAGGACGACUCGGGGCCAGAGGACGAGGCCUUUGAAAGGGAAGUCAGCCACCUCCGAGAGAAACAUAUGAUAGAGAGCCAGACCCUCCACUCCCGUCACAAGGAGGAAAUCGAUGCUCUGUUCACCAGGCUGGGUAAACCUCGUCCCUCGGCUGUCCUCUCCCCCUCUGUUGCCAUGGCCGGGGGCAGACGCAGGGCCAAGACCAAGGCCAGCAAAUCAGCCCGCAGCAGCACCCAGCCCGGUCCCUUGCACACAGGAGCCCAAGUCACAGGCCAGAUCUCCCCAGAGUCCUCCUCUAAGCAGUCAUCUCGCCCCACGGCAGGGCUCUCUGAGCCAGGCAGCCGGACCUCCCCCCAGAAUAUCAAACUCUCCCCCUCCUUGCCCAGCCUCAGCACCUCCACCAUGGGAGUGAGUGGGACCAGUUCAGACAGUGGAGCGAACACCAGCCAGUGCCAGCCGUCAGGCCCCAACAUGGCCCCGGCUGUAACACAGAGUCGCAAGGGCACAUUCACAGAUGACCUGCACCUGCUAGUUGACAACUGGGCCCGAGACGCCAUCAGCCUCUCCCACUGCAAGAAAGGACCCAAGGGGACAGCCCAGGGACCCGGACAUGACAUCCCUCUACAUAUCCCUCCUCAAGCCAACAUGGGCCGAAAGUUUUCUGCCCCCGGCCACCUCUGCCCUACUACCCACCCCUCCACCAACCCCUCCAUCCCCCUCUGCCCACGUCAGGGCUCUCUGGGCACCCCUGCCCAGGUGUUCGGCUACGGCCCAUCCACCUACAGCACCCCCCAGUGGGCAGGACCUACAGGUCCCUGUCAGGUGGGCCUCCUAGCCUCCACCCAGCCGCAGGCCCAGUACCAGCCCCAAGCCCCCUCCUCGGCCUCAGCCCCCCUUCAGCAGGCAUUCCACGCGGGAGCCACUCAGAAACCUGUCAGCAACCCUGGAGGCCCCAACCUGAGGCCCACGUAGCCUGGACCUGGGUUAGUCAGGCUAGGCUGAGGGCAGGGAGGAAGAGCUAUAGGACAACUACUAGCACUCUGGUGUUUUGUUCUGUUUCGCUUAUUGGUGAGGUGGAAAAAAAGAAGAGGAGACUGUGGUGCUGUCAGACGAAAAAAAGAGGUCUGUAUGUUGGUUGGAGGAAGAUUUCAAUACAUACCCAUAGCACAGCAAUCACACCUUCACCCCUACCAGGGCCCAGUCUUUUCUGCCAAUGGCUAUGGAAGCAGGCUGUGACAUUUAGGUUUGUCCAAUGAAAGCCAUUGACCCAAGAGCACAAACGGCAACGGCCAGAGACGUCUGUUGAAAGCACCAUUGUGACCAUUCCCUUGAAGGAGAUGAUAGGGAGGGGGAACUCUUAAUCACUUCUUGACUGUAACUGGCCUUUAAGCUUAACUAGGACAGAAUUUAUAAGAUGGAGAGAAACCCCGCCAAAACACACGCACCUCCUCGCCCUACUGUCAUUGGCUGAGAUUCGGGGGUGUUGAAUGGUAUGGGAAGCUGUCUUGGUGAGAAACAGAUGAAUUGUGGGUAUCAAGUUUGUAUAAAGAAAGUCGAGAGAGACACAGUAUGUAGAGAAGGAAAGAAGAGGUGGAAUGAGAGUGAAUGGAAGCCGGUAAGGUUUUACUGGAUAGUGGUUACCCAUAUCAUCGCCAUACAGUAAGAUGCAAUAAUAGCAUUGUGGGGAAAGGAGUGAGUCCCUGGCCCCAUGUAACAGUGGCCUUCAACCCCUAAAUGCAUGUGCACAUUUUCUUUGUAUAACAAAUAUUUAUUGUCCUAGGUUAUGAUUCCAUGGUUAUAUUUGACUAUCUGUCCCUUUGAGAUGUUGUGCCUGACUGAGGGUGUUACUUUCUUAUUUGAGACCAUAACCUGUUAGCGUGAGUUAAGUAACAGACCUGUCUGUAGAUAAUGAUAAACUGUCAUGUCCAUGCUUUGGAUUUAGCCUGACUAUCCAUGAGUGAUUUUGGUUUACGCUUUAGAGACUGGUUAGGCUUAUCAACUGUUUGAGUGGUUUGAGUUGUAGGCUUCAGCAACUGUGACAAUUUGGUUUGGGGUUUUAGACUUUAGCUACUGUGUCGGUUGUCUCACCUCACCACCUGGUGUACUGUAGUCACUCUGAUAAGCAAGGCUAUGGCCCUCGGUACAUUCCUGAGACUAUCUAUAGAUACUACUGGUAUAUUAUCUAGCAGUGAAUGGGGCAUGAUGUUCACACAGACCUUAGAAAUGUAAACUUUUCACAAAUCUAUCCAAACUUAUUUCCCGUUGUCGUCAUAUUUCAAAAUCAUGACAAAUUGUCUGGGGUUCCCUUUCUGUGGUUUAUUUUGUAUGUAUAUUUAAAUACAAAUACAAGAGGCUCUCUAUGGACCUGUAUUCAGCCAUCAGAUUUUGAUAUUUCAUUAACUUAAGUGUUGUUGAACAACAUGUAGUUAAAGGAAUAUAACGUGCAAUUGCAGGGUUAUUAUUGGUAUUGUACUCCGUAACAGCAGAGUAGUCCUGUGCUUCUUCAGCUCUUAUCAUACACCACCCUGUCUUUUUUUGUUUUACUGUGUGUAUAUGUCUAUUCAUGCAAGGUACAUGUGUUGCAUUUAAAUAAUGAUUUCAUAUAAUGCUCAUCGCCGUAGAGUACUAUGUCUUGCGAUUUACCCACCCCCACACAGUACACACACGGACAGCCCUGUAAACUUUCAGACCUCUUUAGUGCUUCGCAUCCUCACUAUUGAGAUAUUCCACCAUAAUGACCGAGCCCUACUGUUCUUUCUGAUGGACUAGAUUCCAGUGACUGAAAGACCAGUUAACUGCCGACCUGUGAGAUCCAUCAAACGUCCAUAGACAUCGGUAAAUGUUUAAUGUGAAAGUUAGACAUAACUAAAGAAGUCUGUCAGAAGAGGCAGGUGAGUCUUAUAACACAGGACUGACUCAUGUAAAGCAGAGCCGUGGUCACCAAAACCAGCAUUUGUGUUUGUUAGUUAUUGAAAAGGGGUAUGAUUUGUCUAAGUGGGUUGACUGAAUGAACGUAAUCAGUACAGUAUUGCAUAGCAGCACUUGUUUUCAACAGAUGAGCAAACUAAACUGUCUUGUGUUUUUUCUCUCCAUUGGCACCAUUCUCUUGCUUCUUUGCCACCUUAGGUGAUGAGUGCCAUUCCCCUCAAUACAGUGACCUCACCCACUCCUGGUUUGAACUACUACUUUAACUUCUCUAGAGAAUAAUAAGUUACUGCAAUGCAGAAUAUGCAAUGAUUAAUAGGGACCAAGGGGGAAUGUUUUCAUGCCGACGGUUGUUACUUAGUGUUUUUGAUAUUAGGAAAACUGAAAUCCUGCUUUUUUUCUAUGAGUCCACACAAAGUGCCGAUCUUGAAUUGCUCAGGUGUCAAUGUAUCUCAUAAUAUUGGCAUCUGUUUCCUGAAUCCUGCAUGCUAACUGGUUUUAGACCUUUGGCUUACCUACAACAACCCACUGUACAGCACAAGCUACUAAUCACCCAAUUAUCCUCAAGUGGUGAAAAGAUUCUACCGGCACAAUUCUGUCUCCUUAGGCUACUGACAUUUAUUUCAUGUUGUACUGAUUUUUGUCCCUAUUCUCUCUUCUAAGGACCAGCCUACUCUAUGGUUGUUUUUUCACGUUGUACAAAAAUAAAUAAAUGCAACUGAAAUCA